GGGUACCAGGACUACUGCCCAGCUCUUUGAAUAGAGCUAGGGGAUUGUUUACAUCCACUCAUGGGUGGACGGUGCCUUGAUUUAAUGUUAUCUGAAAGACUGUCCCAUGGACAAUUCAGCAUUCCCUUGAUACUUCAGUGAAAUGCAGCCCAGAUGUUUUUAAGUCUCUGUAAUGACACUUGAAACCGUGGUUUUCCCACUCAGUCAAAAGACCUGCCGCAAUUGCAAAAUGGAUACUUAGCAAUUCAAUUAGAUAAUUUUCUCUUUCUAAAUUUAUUUUUUCUACCUACAAUUAAUCUGAGGCUGUAUUUUAGUUUGCUAUUUUUUCACAAUGCAAACUGCAUCCCGUUUCUUUGCAUUUAACUGUGUUUGCAGCCUAUCUGCCCACUUCAGUCACUUCUACCCACCACCUCCUCCUCCACAGUCUUGCUCGUUCUUCCUCAGCUUGUCAUAUCCCCUAAUCUGAUAGUCACCAAGUUCCAGUGUCAUGUUCCUGUUGCCUAUGAUCACGUUGGUUCUAUAGAAAUGGAAAAGUGAAGUCUCAGCACAAAUUGAUGUGGAGCUUUGUCUCCUAGUCAUCUUUCCAACAGUAUUCCCUUCCUACAUGACAAUAGUGACUAAUGUUCAGAAAGUAAUUCAUUAGUUCUAAAUCACUUUUCAAUGUCCUUAGGUUGUGAAAGGCACUAAAAAUGCAAUUCUCUCUUGUUUCCCCUGUUUGCAAUGAGUAACAGAUGCUUUUUGGAACUCCACAUGUACAAUAUUUUGCUUUAUCUAAAUGAUUUUGUGGUGUCUGAAAGGGUGAUGGAAGGAGAUUCAAUGCUAACUUUCAAAAAGGAAAUUGGAUACCGUAUAUACUUGUGUAAAAGUUCAGUUUCUAAGACUAAAUUUUUAAUCGAAGAUUAGGGGGUUGAUUUUUACAUGAGUAAUAAUUUCGAGGAGUUGAAAUCCAUCCUCUCCCAUUGCCUCAUUAUCGCAGAGUUGAAAGGUCAGAGACUGUUCUCAUCAACCCUGCCACCAAAAGCUGUGCAGAAAGAAUUCUCUCACACCAGUGAGGUGGUAAUCCUUGACAGCACAUGUUGACGUGUGCAGACAUGAGGAGCCUUCAAUGGCAUCUAUUCUAUGAUUCUAUCAGUUUGCACCAGGGUUGAAGUAAUUGUGGUGACCACAGAGCAUGCAAAACAUUUUUAUGACUCCAAAGAUGUCCCUGCUAAAAUAUAUAGUGACUCAGAUGAGUGGGAGAUGUGGAAGCAGAGGUCGGAUCCUGUCCUACACAUAGACUUGAGGAGGUGGGCAGAUCUAAUGGUCAUUGCACCCUUGGACGCCAAUACGCUAGGAAAAAUAGCCAGUGGAAUCUGUGACAACUUAUUGACCUGCAUUGUUCGAGCCUGGGAUCUUAAGAAGCCGUUGCUCUUUUGCCCAGCCAUGAAUACUGUAAUGUGGGAGCAUCCCAUUACAGCAACACAGGUUCAAACGCUGAAGAGCUUUGGUUAUAUUGAAGUUCCAUGCAUUGAAAAGAAGCUGAUGUGUGGAGACAAAGGUGGAACAUCAACAAAGGAAUAUGGCAUUCUAACCAACUUGUAUUUCUGGUUUACCAGGGACAAAGACACGUCAAAACUCAAUGUAUGUUACGCUCCAUGGACCUCUCAUUGUAUUAUGAUCAUUCGAACCCAGACUAGAUAAAUUUCAAAGUGUCAAUGACAAACGCAGGAUGUUUAUCGACCUGACCACCCACAUUAUUUGGAAAGCAGUGAAGGCAACAAACAGUAAUACUGUGAAAGUGGGAGCUGGACUCUCCCCAGCCUGUUCUGCCUUCAAGUUCACCUCAGAGCCAACUUCCUAGAAAUUCAACUACAAGAAGCCUUGCAGCUUACUGGCAACCCUCUGCUUACAAGAUCUUCACUUCAACCAAUAGCAUCAACUCAUCUAAGAAACUACAAGCCUCUCACAAAAAGACUGAGACAAACAUAUUUGUAAUUGUGCUGUUUUUUUCUUCAUCUCUAUCUAAUUUUUUUGUGAAAGUGGUAAUGUGUGAGAGUCGAGUAAGUGAGACUGUUUUUUUAACCUUCAUGGAAAGUGUAUGAUAAAUAACCUUUAUUUUUAAAACUCUCAAAAAAACUUGCUGCUGGAGUUAGUUAAAUUGGGGCAACCACUCUGAGUUUGUCUCACACACCUCACAUACAAAAGACAUCGAUCGCUUGCAGUAAUUAAGCACCUAAAAUUCUGUCUGAGAGAGAGUAUUGCUAAUUUCUAGGAGGAGUAGGGCUGGCAAAGAUGUUAUUUAUUGUAAAAUUAGUUUGUAUUUCGACCCUUCUUUCAA